AAAAAUCCUUACGCCCCUUUUUCGUCAGACGUUCGGUCGGUUGAAUACUGGAACUUUUCGCGAAAUUCCUCACAAAUAGUGUUUUUUAUGUCGUUUAUUUUGCGUAAAAGUGUCGAUAAUCCAUCGAGGAAGUAUUUUUCGCAUAGUAUUGAUUAUUUGAAGCGAUAAAGAGUGCUUUUUCAGUGUUUUCUAAUACAUCCUCUGUGUGCUUCGUUUCGUUCUACUUUGCUGCUGCGGCUGCUGAUGUUGAUAUUCUUUCAGCUAACUUGAGUGAUUCGUUUUGUACGGUCGUGCGUGUUUUGAUUCUGCUAUUUUCAUUUUCAUUCCAACUACUACUCUGUGCGUGACAAACAACCUACUUUGCUGGAAAGUGCUACCUGUUAGCGGAAAUCUACUCUAGACCGGUCGAAUCCACCUGCUGUCGGGACCUCGGGACAUCAACGAGGGAUUACUAAUUUACGGCAGAUGCUGUCGUGAAGAUUCCCUAUUAUCGUUUACCUUGUAGGAUUAAUCCAGCAACCGGACCUAUAUCAGUCAAGCAGAACGAUUGUCAACUCCGCAACAGUCAACUAUCCGGAAGAGACGAUGGCCAGCGAUGCUUGAGCGCAUCCGUCUCAGUGGUUUCAGUGGUUCGUACAAAGUGAGAAGUGCCGAACUGGCGCGCGACAGGAAAGUCCAAACCAAAGCGGUGACCGUUCUCUUCCUCGAUGAAAGCACCCACACCUUCCAGCUAGAGAAGAAAGCAAAGGGAGCUGACCUACUCGAACAGGUCUUUCAGCACUUGGAACUAACCGAGCGGGACUACUUUGGGCUACAGUUUCAGUCUAAAUGUGGCACCGGCACAAACGGAAACUGUUCCGUCAACGGUGUAAAUGGCGGUAGCACAGGAAGUUCGAAAAAGGGCACUGAUGGCACGAUGGUUGGAACGGGUCGUUGGCUUGAUCCAAUCAAACCGUUCCGCAAACAGUGGAACACAGUGCGUCUUUCGGGCGAAUCGUGCCCGGUGCUCGCCUUUCGAGUGAAAUUCUACGUAACAGAUCCGAGCCGAUUACACGAGGAGUAUACGCGGUAUCAGUUUUAUCUACAGAUAAAGCGAGAUAUAUUUCAAGAAAAACUGCCGGUGGGUUUGAAUACCGCCUGUUUGCUCGCUAGUUAUACAGUGCAGUCUGAACUGGGCGACUAUAAUCCACUGGAUCACACUCACGGUUAUCUUAGUGAAAUGCAAUUGUUACCCGAGCAGAACGAGGAAAUUGAACGACGGAUUUCGGAACUGCAUAAACUUCACCGGGGGCAGCUCCCGGCGGAUGCUGAGUACAACUAUCUCGAGCAUGCCAAACGCUUGGACAUGUACGGGAUAGAUUUCCAUAAAGCAACGGAUUCGACCGGCAAAGAACUGAGUCUGGGCGUCUCGUCCAUAGGUUUACUAGUCUACCAAAAUGGUAUUCGCGUCAACACCUUUUCCUGGUCCAAGAUGGUGAAGGUGUCGUUCAAACGCAAAGAUUUCUAUAUUCAAUUACGACGGGAACCGUCGGAAAACUACGAUACACUGCUCGGGUUCAGUAUGGGCUCCCAUCGCAACGCCAAAACACUGUGGAAAGCAUGUGUCGAACAUCACUCGUUUUUCAGACUGCAAAGACCGCACCGUUCACCACGUUUCCUGCCAUUAACUUUAGGUUCUAAAUUUCACUAUUCAGGCCGCACCGAGCUGCAAGCCGUCCAGGAGAGUAGACAACGCGGCAAAGUUGCCAAGAUUUUCAUCCGUUCUCCCAGUAAACGACUACUGUGCCCUUCGCAGCCUCAGACACCGCUGUUGAAUGGUUCCGCUAAUGACAGCAGCAAUGGGAAUGGAACUACCGCCAAUAAAAAUCAGCUGUCUCUGCUGUCCCUGACAAAAGCUACCCGCUCGUACGACAAAGUCACUACAAAAACUCCGUCGAUACCGAGAAAGGCCUGGGAACAGCAAGGUGAUGAUCCGACUUUCAUUGAGCACUGCGCCCGAACCUACGAUGCUCAGAUACCGACAAUGUUCGAUUCUCCGCCGGCAUACAACGGAAUCCACAAUCCGGAGAAUUCCGUUCCCAACGAGGAAGGUCUUGUGACCAUACGGCUGGUGGCGGACGAUCAGGGACGAUUCGGUUUCAAUGUGAAAGGCGGCGUAGAUUUGAACCUUCCCGUUCAGGUAUCCCGGGUGGCACCACACACGCCGGCAGACAGGAGCACACCAAGAAUCUGCGAAGGGGAUCAGCUAGUGAUGAUCAACGGACGUGAUGUGAGCACGAUGAUGCACGAACAGGUUGUGAAUUUAAUACGAGCUUCCCGCCAAGGGGGUGAGCUAAUGCUCACGCUGAAACCGAAUGCCUUAGUCGACUAUACGGAAGAGGAACCGCUAUAUCAGUACGUUCCGGAGGAGAAUGACAUCGUGCGUGGUGAGUUGAACGGCGAUCAGCUGUUUACGCAGUCACUGCUACUGUUGAACGACGGACUGGCCUCCGGUUCGUUGUUGGCACAAUACGAACAAUUGUACAGGAAAAAUGCUGACCUGGCCAUUACGGAGGCCAAAAAGAAUGAGAACGUAAACAAAAAUCGAUAUCGUGAUAUUUCGCCUUACGAUUGUACGCGUGUGGUGCUGUUAAACGCUGAAAGCGGUGACUACAUCAAUGGUAACUACGUUAAUAUGGAGAUCCCCCCAACGGGUACCAUCAAUCGGUACAUUGCCACCCAAGGACCGCUUUCAACUACAGUCAACGACUUCUGGCGGAUGGUACAGCAGGAGAGCAGUCACCUUGUGGUAAUGCUGACUACAGUGAUGGAACGAGGGCGACCCAAGUGUCACCAGUAUUGGCCAUCAGCCGACGAGGAACCGUUGGCGUUAUCAGAGGGCUUUUCGAUCAAAUGUAUUACCGAAAAACCGGACGAGACGGGGAGUUUUGUGUUUCGCGAUUUGGUACUCAAUGACGAGAAAACGGGCGAAACAAGAACCAUUCAACACAUGCAGUAUUUGGCCUGGCCAGAUCACGGUGUACCUGCUGAUCCAGAUUUGUUCCUUCAGUUCACCGAGAAAGUACGUGCCGCUCGUAACACCACAUUGCUACAGGAAAUUGAGGCCAGUUUGAAAAACGUGAAACUGAGAACGAUGGAUGAAAACGGUGGACUGGAUAUGUCGGAGCGACGCGUGGUGCAUACCGAUAGUGAUGAAAGUCCAAAUGAUAUGCCUUCCUCAACAUCUGUGCACCAAUAUAUCAGUGCAGCCAAUCCACCAAUAAUCGUCCACUGUUCCGCUGGUAUCGGACGAACCGGCGUUCUCAUUCUAAUGGACACUGCUUUGGCCCUGAUGGAAGAAAAAGAACCAAUUUAUCCAUUAGACAUUGUGCAGGCGAUGCGUGAUCAGCGUGCUUGCAUGGUACAGAAUGUGAGUCAGUAUCGCUUCGUUUGUGAAUGCAUCUGUGCAGCUUACAAGAUAAUGGUAACCAGGGAGAUGAGCGAGACAAAGGCAGCUUCCGGCACAAAAAUUGCAUCCGCCAGAGCACUUAAAUUCAUCGCCAUAAAUGGUGGAUCGGCGCCUGUAUCUUCCGGUGAAGAAGAUUUUUCGCCCCUUGACGGGGAAUAUACGGAACGGAAUGCACCUCUAGCUGUUGAAACCACCAGUCUAACCACAACUCCUACCACCAACAAUGUCACACCCUCCGAUGGCAAUGACGGAGACCCUGUACCGGUAAAUGAAAAUGGGAAAACAUGAUUAGAAACUGUGGUCUAGAUUUCCUGCAUAUGUUGUUUUGAUGAAAUGGGUUUUAACAGUGUAUUUAAGUUAAACAUUUACCUAAUAGUAUCGUCUCUGUAUCUCGUCUGUAGCAGCUACAUAUUUAUGACCAUGUAUACUUAUUUUCUACAACAGUAAUCGUAAUCAAAUGCAUAUAUCGUAUACAUUUAAGUGAUUAUAUGAACUUUUAUCAUAUUACAUAAUCAGUGCUAUGUAAACGUAAAUCGACAUUAUCACCCAUUGGAGCACACAUUGAAGAAGACAGAUUGUAGAGUACGGUAAAUAGUAGGAAUUUCCCUGACCCGGUGUACGUGUCCUUCGUUUGUUCCGUCACCCCGAUACGAGUUUUGUCAAUUUUCUACGAACUUUGAAGUUAAAAUAAAUCUAUAAAAUAAAA